AUGGUUGUGGCCAUCCUCUUCCCCACUCAUGUGUCCCAGCGACAUGGUAUCUCCUCCAAAUGCAAACCUCCUCUUGGGGCGUGGCUGUUUUUCUCCACUCACAAAGGGCUCAGCCACUUGGGUCACAUCCAGACGUCAGGGAAGUUGAUGGAUGAACUCGCACCAGCUUCAGCAGACUUUAAACGAGGCCCUUGGUUUGUGACUGUAACUGGGUACAGAGAAGCUGUGGGAGAUUGGCACCUUCCUCCUGAGCUGGGGGCCAGCACCAGUGGCUGUGUGGAGAAGGAGGAUACCAAAGCGAAGCGGAAACCAAGCAGGUUAUUUGCAGAGAUGGGUUGGGGUAUUGGCCUGCUUUUUGAAUAUGGACGAAUUCCCGAGCAAAUAGUCUGGCUGAAGACUAAGGCUAAUGGGAUGCUAAGAGCAUCUUGGAGAAAACUGGCUGGCAGCGUGGAAGCCAGCCGCGGUGCAGUCCCGGAGAGGUUUUGCAUUGGCCCCGUGCGGCCGCCUUUGCACCGCAGCGCGGGUGUCGGCAGCGAGGGAGCGUGCCCGGCGGAGACAGCUCAGCCGUGUGGGGGCCGCCUGAACUCCAAGGAUGCCGGGUACAUCACCUCCCCGGGGUACCCCAAUGACUACCCCUCCCACCAGAACUGCGAGUGGGUCAUCUACGCCCCUGAAUCCAACCAGAAGAUAAUCCUCAACUUCAACCCUCACUUUGAAAUCGAAAAGCAUGACUGCAAGUAUGACUACAUCGAGAUCAGAGAUGGGGACAGUGAAGCGGCAGACCUGCUGGGCAAGCACUGUGGGAACAUAGCACCUCCUACCAUCAUCUCUUCUGGCCCCUCUCUCUAUAUCAAGUUCACCUCGGACUACGCACGGCAAGGUGCCGGCUUCUCCCUGCGCUAUGAGAUCUACAAGACAGGCUCUGAGGACUGCUCCAGAAACUUCACUGCCUCCAACGGCACUAUCGAGUCUCCAGGUUUCCCUGACAAGUAUCCACACAACCUGGACUGCGUCUUCACCAUCAUAGCCAAGCCAAAGACAGAAAUCCUCCUCCACUUCUUGCUCUUCGACCUCGAGCACGACCCGCUGCAGGCAGGGGAAGGAGACUGCAAGUACGACUGGCUGGACAUCUGGGACGGCAUCCCUCAGGUCGGCCCCUUGAUAGGCAGGUACUGUGGCACUAAGAUGCCAUCAGACAUCCGUUCAACCACCGGCGUCCUCUCACUCACCUUCCACACAGACCUGGCAGUGGCUAAAGAUGGUUUCUCUGCUCAGUACUACUUGAUCCAGCAGGAAGUCCCAGAAAACUUCCAGUGCAAUGUGCCGCUGGGGAUGGAGUCUGGCAGGAUCUCCAACAUGCAGAUCACUGCCUCCUCCACCUACUCAGAUGGGCGAUGGACCCCUCAACAGAGCCGGCUCAACAGUGAUGACAACGGCUGGACCCCCAAUGUAGACAGCAACAAAGAGUACCUCCAGGUGGACCUCCACUUCCUUACUGUGCUCACAGCCAUUGCCACACAGGGUGCCAUCUCCAGAGAAACCCAGAAUGGCUACUAUGUCCGUACCUACAAGCUGGAGGUCAGCACCAAUGGGGAGGACUGGAUGAUGUACCGACAUGGGAAAAACCACAAGACAUUUCAGGCCAACGAGGAUGCCACAGAGGUGGUUCUCAACAAGAUCCACAGCCCAGUGCUCACACGCUUCGUGCGCAUCCGUCCCCAGAGCUGGCACAACGGCAUUGCCCUGAGGCUGGAGCUGUAUGGCUGCCGCAUCACCGAUUCGCCCUGCUCCAACUUGCUGGGAAUGCUUUCCGGCCUCAUCCCUGACUCACAGAUCUCAGCCUCUUCCAUCAGAGGCUACGACUGGUCUCCCAGCAUGGCCCGCUUGGUGAGCAGCCGCUCAGGCUGGUUUCCCCGCGUCCCCCAAGCCCAGCCUGGGGAGGAGUGGCUGCAGGUGGACCUUGGUGUGCCAAAGAAUAUCAAAGGCGUCAUUAUCCAGGGGGCUCGCGGAGGGGACAGCGUGACCACCACUGAGUCCCGCUCCUUCGUGAAGAAGUUUAAGGUGUCCUACAGCAUGAAUGGAAAGGACUGGGACUUCAUCCAGGACCCCAAAACAAUGCAACCCAAGCUUUUUGAAGGUAACAUCCACUACGAUAUCCCUGAAGUCCGGAGGUUUGACCCUGUUCCUGCCCAGUAUGUCCGAGUAGCAGGAAUAGGAAUGCGCCUGGAGGUCCUGGGCUGCAACUGGACAGAUGUAAAGCCCACUGCAGAGACACUGGUGCCCACUUUGAAGAGUGAAGAGACCACCACCCCAUACCCAACUGAUGAAGAGGCAACCGAGUGUGGUGAUAGCUGUGGAGAAGAGGAGGAUUUCCACCUCCCUGCAAACUUCAACUGCAACUUUGAUCUCCCUGAAGACCUCUGUGGUUGGUCACACGACUUGGCAACAGGUUAUACGUGGUCUUUUCCACCUACAAGCACCUGGAUUGGCAACUCUGAACCAAGCCCUGAGACCGUGCCUGACCGCAAGAAUUACCUGCAGCUGCAGAGCAGCAGAAGGAGGGAAGGCCAGCGAGCCCGGCUCAUCAGCCCCACCAUCUAUCUGCCCCGGAGCGCUGUCUGCAUGGUCUUCCAGUACCAGGCGUGGGGCAGCAAUGGGGUGAUGCUGCGGGUCUGGCGGGAAGCCAGCCAGGAGCACAAGGCACUGUGGGUCAUCACGGAGGACCAAGGGGAGGAGUGGAGGGAAGGACGCAUCAUCUUGCCAAGCUACGACACUGAGUAUCGGAUUGUGUUUGAGGGAUUUAUACGCAACGGCCACUCAGGAGAGCUCGCCCUCGAUGACAUCCGGCUAGGCACCGACAUCCCGCUGGAGAACUGCAUGGAACCCAUCACAGCUUUCCCAGUGAACUUCCCAAGAAUGGAGGAUGACUUUCCAAUCUCUGAGCAAGACUUUGAAGACAACGAUGAUCCAGAUUACUUUGGAUCGGAUAGGAACGACACACUGUUCUCUACUAACUCUCCAGGAACCCCAAAGCUGGACAAAGAAAAAAGCUGGCUCUACACCCUGGAUCCCAUCCUGGUGACCAUCAUAGCGAUGAGCUCCCUCGGCGUCCUCCUCGGGGCCAUCUGUGCUGGUCUGCUCCUCUACUGCACGUGCUCAUACGCGGGGCUGUCCUCACGGAGCUCCACCACGCUGGAGAACUACAACUUUGAGCUGUACGACGGCAUCAAGCACAAGGUCAAGAUGAACCACCAGAAGUGCUGCUCAGAGGCCUGAUGGGUGCCCUGGGGAUCACCCUUGGUGUUGCGCCCGGUGAGGUGGGCUGGCGGGGUGUUACUUUUUUUGCUGUUUUCUAUGGGAACUGAGUGCCAUAAUGGGGAACGAGGGGCGUGGGAGGAGCGAGGGGAGGCGCUGCUCCUGCCGCCAGGUCCCGCCAGCGAGUCGCGCUCCACCAGGACCGAGCGGGCGUUCCCGCAAACCGGACUGUGCUGAGCGAGGGGG